AUGGACAUGGAUGGGGAUGGGGACGAGGACAGGGACAUGGACAUGGAUGGGGAUGGUGAUGGGGACAGGCACGAGGCUAGAGACAUGGCCAUGGAUGGGGAUGGGGAUGGGGACAAGGACAGGGACAUGGCCAUGGAUGGGGAUGGUGACGGGGACAGAGAUGGGGACAUGGACAGGGAUGGGCAAAGGCCCAACGACUAUGGCAUCCCCAUGGAUGUGGAGGUGGCCUACCUCCAGGACGGCUUCCUCACCAACGACGUCCUGCAGGAGAUGACACUGCUGGUGGAGUUUUACAAGGGAGCCCCAGACCUGGUGAAGUUUCAGGAGCUGUGGAGCCAGGAUCAGACCUACUUGGACAAACUGAAGGGCUCCCUGGCUGCCCGGACCCCCAAAGAUCAGAGCUUCACCCAUGUCCUGGAGCAGAUCUACAGCCUCCUUAAGCACAGCAGCUGAGGAGGGCAGCAGCCCGCGUCCGACGCGUACCAGGUGCCUUUCCAGCAGCCAGGGCUCGGCUCCGAGCAUGGGACAACACCGCGGGGCUCCCGUUGCCCGCUGCUCCUGGGAGCUGGCCCAAGAGGUGCGGGGACCCCACUGGCUCCUGCCUGUGCCCCGAGCGGCCACUCAGGCCGUGCUCUGGCUGUCUCACAGCCUGGCCGGCCCCGGGGCAGCGGUGGAGGGAGGGCGGCGGUGGCGGUGGGAAUCUCGGCUGUAAGGUAUUUGUGGAAGUGGUAGUUGAUUAAAGAGCAGUUCCUGAGAGGAGGCAAGUGUGCGGCUCCGCUGCGCUGGGGACACCCUGGUAGUGCUGGAGGCGAUGGUGCCGGUGGCAGCGAAGACCCAGGUACCUUAAAGCUGCCAGGUUUCAGGGGCUGAUCAUGCUGGGCUGCUCCUCCAUCCCACCGCUGCCCCGAUCAGCCACGUGGAGGGGCUCUGCUCACGCUCAGGGAGAGGACGCAGCCAUUAGAAAGAAGAAAACAUUUAAUACUUUUAUUCAGAGAUACAAGUCAAGAUUUGUGGGUCGUCUUUUUUUCCCCUAAAAACCAGGAGAAACCAUUACAAAAAGAUCUAGCAAGUUGUCCCAGCUGAAAGACUCAAUUCAAUCCACCUGAGCGGGAGCCAGAGCUCCUGAGCCACCAUCCCGGCCCCUGCCGGGGAGGGGACAGAGGUCACAGUCCCGAGGACACCGGUCCCUUCAGCUCCUGCGCCGCUGGGAGCGAGGGGGAGCCGCGUCUGCCCCCACCGUGUCCUGCAUCGGGGUUGGGUGCCGGACAAGGGGCAGCUCCCGCGGGGAGAUGGGCCCGCUCGGACCAUGGCGCCCUGGGCUCAGCCUCGGCUGGGCGGCGUGUCAGUGCCAGGGCUCAGACAUACAUAAACAUGCAUGGUUAAAAACGUUAAAAGGGUUUUGCGUAAAUGUAACAGGAGACGGGAGCAGCGGGGACGGGGAGGUGCUGCAGCGCGGGACUGGUACAGCGCCACGGCUCGACCCCCCGGCCUCGAGGCGAUGGGGCUAGUUAAGGAAGGAGAGCGGUACCCAAACCCUGGCCACCCCCGCACCAGAGGGGCAGAGG